AUGGGCAAAAAGUCGCGCGAAGAUGAAUCCUCAUCAUCGGAUGAGGAAGAAUAUGUUGUAGAGAAGGUGCUGGACAGGAGAGUGGUGAAAGGCAGGGUCGAGUUCUUUCUCAAGUGGAAAGGAUAUUCAGAGAAACACAACACAUGGGAACCAGAAAAGAACCUGGAUUGUCCAGAGCUCAUUUCAGAGUUCAUGAAGACCUACAAAAAAAGUGGGAGUUCUACUCCAAGUAGUAGCGGAGGCAGCAAGCCUAGCUCAGCCCCCUCUGAUGACGACGACGAGAGUGGAAGCAAACCUAAAAAGAAAAAGGAGGAUGAAAUUCUGGUGGCCCGUGGCUUUGAAAAGGGUCUUGAGCCAGAGAAAAUAAUUGGAGCAACAGAUUCGUGUGGCGAUUUGAUGUUCCUAAUGAAGUGGAAAGAUUCGGAUGAGGCCGAUCUUGUGCUUGCAAAGGAUGCCAAUCAAAAGUGCCCACAGAUUGUCAUCGCCUUCUACGAGGAGCGCCUCACCUGGCAUGAAGACAGCGACAAGAAGGAGAAAGACGCAGUCACCGCGUGA